AUGUUGUCCGCAUUCAAUGUAGGUUUGAUUUCUAAUACAUCUGUUGUGGGUUUGGAGAUUGGGGAGAAACAAGAGCCAAGAUUAGUCUCUAAUAUACUUAUUGAUACUAAUUCAAUGAAUAGUUUGAUUUCUAGGUUAUUUGGGAGAGAAUAUGUGAGUAAUGUUACAACAAUUGUGCCUCUUGUGAAUGCAACAGUAGUGGUGCCUGGAAAGGAGACAGAACAGAGAAGAUGUGAAGAGAUUCUAUAUACAGAAGGUUGCACACUACUUGAUUGUGGCAAACAGUGCUACCAGAAGUACAUAAAGAAGGGGGGAAUGGGAAAUGCAUUCCCUAUGCUGAUAUGA